AUCAUUCAUCCCCCACUUUCCUAGCUUCUUCUCCUCUCUCUUCAGUCUUCACCACAUAUAUAAACGCCUAAUCACUCCUCACCCAUCUCAAGCAAAUCAAACUUAUCCAAACUCACUAACUUAAUUUCUGAUCUCCGACAUGGUUUCCGACAAACCUAUAAAGAUCCGAGAAGUGUGGGCCCACAACCUGGAAUCCGAAUUCGACCUCAUCUCCGACCUCAUCGACCAAUUCCCCUUCAUUUCCAUGGACACCGAGUUCCCCGGCGUCAUCUUCAAACCGCCGCAAUCCGGCCGCCGCCGCCCUAGGUAUCCUCUUCCUCCUCCAACACGCCCCUCCCCGGCCGACCACUACAAGCUGCUGAAGUCCAACGUCGACGCGCUCAGCCUCAUCCAGCUCGGCAUCACCCUCUCCGGCGCCGCCGGCGAUCUCCCCGACCUCGGCGGCGCCGACCGCUUCAUCUGGCAGUUCAACUUCUCCGACUUCGACGCGGCGCGUGACCCCCACGCGCCAGAGUCGGUCGAGCUGCUCCGGGCCCACGGGAUCGACUUCGACCGGAACCGGGUCGAGGGGAUCGACUCGGCCCGGUUCGCGGAGCUCAUGAUGGGGUCCGGUCUGGUCUGCAGCGACGCGGUGAGCUGGGUCACGUUCCACAGCGCGUACGACUUCGGGUACCUGAUGAAGGUCCUCACGGGCGGGCGCCCGCUCCCGGCCCGGCUCGGGGAGUUUGCGGCCGCGCUGAGGGCCUUCUUCGGGUGCAACGUGUACGAUGUGAAGUACUUGAUGCGGUUUUGUGAGAGCCUAUAUGGCGGUUUGGACCGGGUGGCCCGGGCGCUGGAUGUGGACCGGGUGGUCGGGAAGUGCCACCAGGCCGGUUCGGAUAGUUUGCUGACGUGGCACGCGUUUCAGAGGAUGAGGGAUUUGUAUUUUGUGGAGAGGCAGCAUGAGAAGUAUGCUGGGGUGCUCUAUGGAUUAGAAGUGUAUUGAAUAACUAGGAGGAAUAAUUCCUGAUUUAAUUAGGUUGAUGGUGGAAUUUGUUGAUAUUUAAUCAAUAGUUCAAUUUAUUAAUUUUUAUGAAAA